AUAUAUGAAGAGUAGGAGCAGUGAUGUAGUGAUGAGUUCAGGCAAAAGGAAACAACAAUUUGAAGACAAUUCUGACGAAGAUUUGAAUAAAAGGUCCAAAACUUUAUUCAAUGACAAGCCAUCGUUCAGUGAUGUCCACAAAGCGUACGAAUAUUUGCGGUCAUUAUUCCCGACCGAAAAGUUUGGCCAAAGGAUACCAACCAUUGUUUGGAGACAUCAAUUGUAUCCUCUCUUCCACAACAAGACACUCAUCGAUCGCCAAUUGAAUACGUGGUCCGAAUCGGCUUACAUACGGCUCUUCAGAUUGGGAUCAACUAUCGAUGAUAACGAAGUGGUCAUUAUAUUGAUGUCCGACUUUCAGGACUACGUCCAUAAGUUUGUCCCCAAAACUAUUAUAACCGAGAGAUUUUUGAAGAAAGUACUGACGGAGAAGUCGUCGACACAAAUAUCGUCGGAUGUGUUGAAGAAUGAGUACAGUUUCAACGACAACAACAUCAGCGAACUGAUCCGAGAAAAACCAUUCGUUUGCGAAACUUGUGGCAAAACAUUUCGACAGAUCGCACAACUCAAUCAGCAUAGGAUAGUGCACACAGAGCUCAGGCCCUUCUCGUGCAACCUCUGCGACCGCACCUUCAGGUGUCGAUCAAACCUACGGUUGCAUUUGGAUCACCACAACGGACAGCGCAGACAUCAACACAUUCGACGCAAACAUUUGGGUUUACUUCCAUUUAAAUGCCUUUUAUGUGAAAAUAAGAGUUUCUGCGAAAAACAAGAGCUCGAGAGUCAUAUGAGAAUGCAUUCCGGAGAGAAGAGACCAAAGCCUAAACGCAAACGAUUACCCCUUCCGGUCCCACAAACCAAUGCCAACACAAUUGUAAACUAA